CCGACGUACGUCCGACGUUUAAUAUGAACACACUCCUGGACGGGUCUAGCUUAAUUCUUUUCAAGUUUUGACAAGUAAAGUGACGUAUACACACUGAUAUUCUAUUUCAACACUAAUGUUGAAAUAAACCACUUUUGACAGCGAAAAUCAAUGUAAAAAUUAUUACUUUUCGUAACUGAAUUACAAUUUAUCUUUUCAGUGAAGGCGGCUCAAACCAAAUGGAAAAAUUUAAGGGAUUAUUUUCGAAGGGAACUGAAAAAAAUUCCGAUUCCACGGUCAGGAGAUCCAGGAGACAUUGCAACUAAAUCCCACUGGACACAUUUUAAAAGUUUGCUAUUUUUAAAAGAUCAGUUUAAGCCUCGAGUAUCAACGGGAAAUUUGGUAGAUUCUCAGAAUGAAUUGCUUGCUACGGACAUGCAAUCUGAUGUGAAUUCUGAUGAUGAUAGAGUAGAGACGGAAACAAUAGACGAAAUGCAAGACACCCUGAACGUCGAGCCAGCGACACCUACUUCUGUUUCUUCAGAAAAUGUUGAGGACUCGUCCACAGGCACGUCAAGUCAUUUUGCUGAACCCCGAACAGUUUUGAAAAGCCGACUCCGUAAAAGAAAAAAUAAUAUUGCUGAUUUAGUGGCCAUCGAAAAACAGAAAUUGGAAUUCAUCAGAAUAAAGAGAGCCAACAUAGAGGAAACCAAAGAGGAUGAUCAUCUGGCAUUUUUUAAGAGUUUACUGCCACACGUAAAAAAAAUUCCGGACAACAAUAUUUUGCAGUUUAGAAAUAGCGUUCAAGAUCUAGUUCAGAGAUAUGUGUAUGGCUAUACUAAUCAAAUGAAUCAAGGGUUGCAAACCUUCGAUUAUCAGAUCAAUCAGAGCGACACCUCUUACUGAACUUUCGUUUCCUCACAAUGUGCUGCAUUUUAUUACAUGCAUAUUUCUUAGUUUGUGUUGGUUAGAAUAUAUUAUUUUUAGUUCAUAUUUUCCAG